AUGCCUGGGUUGAAUGACAUUAUAUUCAAUUCGAUUGAACUAAAGAUGAAAAAUCUUAAAGAUGAUGCAAAGGACUUCAUGCUUUGUGUUGAUGAAAUGGCCAUAAAAACUAAUCUUUUUUAUAAUUUGUCGAAAGAUUGUAUUAUUGGGUUUAAUAAUUCAUAUGAUCAAAAAACAUAUGAACCUGCAAAACAUGUCCUAUGUUUUAUGAUUAGAAGUCUAAAUUAUAAUUUGAAACAACUGGUUGCGUAUUAUUUCAUAAAUAAUAGUUGUACUGGAAUUACAUUACAGAACACAAUUGUUGCUGUUAUCACUAAACUCCAGAGUAUUGGUAUUAAUAUUAGAGUUUUCACUACCGAUCAAGGACCAAAUUUUUAUAGUUUUUCGACCAAAAUGCAUGUCUCAAGUGAACGUCCUUUUUUUUGUGAAUGGGAAAAAAAUAUACUAUGUAUUUGA